AUGCAGUCUCAGCCUCCCUCACAGCCUGUCCGGGGCAAUCGUCGCUCGUCUGCUGCUGCCAAAUCUCGGGUCUGCGUCCAUUGUGGUCGCAGCUUCCGCCGUACCGAGCAUUUGGAGCGCCACGUUCGCACUCAUACCAAAGAAAAACCGUAUAUCUGCUUUUGUGGGGCGGCCUUCACUCGCCGGGAUUUGCUGAAACGACACACCAACAUUGCGCAUCCUGGCAAUGGCUUGGUAUCGCCCAAUUCACAGCCUGAGACGGAGAGCGUAGAACCUCACCCACGACCAUCCGAGCCCGCGCCAGUACCACCAGCACCCCCAGCACCAGUCCCAGUUCCAGUUCCAGCUGCAGCUGCAGCUGCAGCGCCGCCAGGGUUCAUCGUCCCGCCGCCGACAUCGCGCCCGGACGCACCUCUCUCAGUCCCGCCAGAUGUGGAACAAUGGACCGGACCUCCUCCACCACCGCCACCACCACGGGAGUCAUAUAUCACGCCAGAUCAAGCGCCCGUGCUUGAGCCUGUAAAUCACGCGCCUCCAAGUAUACCGCCGCAUAGCGGUGUGCUUGGUCACGAUGCGGAGGUUCUCGAGGCGGCUCAGCUCUUGCUUCCCGGGAAUUACCGACAUACUCCAGCUCCAGCCCAGCCUGUGCCAUACCUUCCCGAAGAAUUGAACCACUUCCAAGAUUUCACCCAUUUUCUCGACUCCAUUGGACUGCCAUCCGAAUGGGUCCCCGCUUUUGGAGAAGUGCCUCAGAUGCACAAUCCAGUGCCAGCAACUACUGUUCCAGACAUUGAUCGAAACCAUACAAUUCAACAAGAUGCGCCGCGUCGAAGUAUUCCGGAGAGGUCCUCUCGGGGAGAUUCGCCCUUCCGAUCAUGGCUUCCAUCGGUGCCGCCCGAAGAUCAGAGCCUUGGCUCGGUUCACGAUUAUGAGCCACCGCAGAAUUCCAGGAGCAGUUCCUCGUUGAAGGUGACAGAGGAGCAGAGACGGCGCUUGGCUGCUGCGCUGGAGGAGUUUCGCUACCUGAUACCAGACUUCGUCUUGCCAUCACGCCAUACACUGACCAGAUAUCUGACGUCGUUCUUUGACGGCUUCCAUACACAUCUACCUUUCAUGCAUGCUCCGACGUUCCGGAUUAAUGACCGUGCGCCAGAGCUCGUGCUCGCUUUCAUGACCCUCGGCGCCCAGUACCGGUUCGAACACCGCAAUGCGGAACGGCUCUUUCAUGCCUCCAAGGAGAUUAUCCCUCUGGACCACAUUCGCGAUCCUGCACUGCCGAGCCAGGCAUCCCCUCUCCCACCUGCCGAGUUCGCUACGGGAAUGAGCGCGUGGAGGCAACUUGAAACCAUCCGCACUUUGCUAGCCCUCAUGGGAUACUCCACAUGGGAGAAGGCAGAGCUCGUUCAGGAGGCUUUUGGACUGCAGAAUUUGCUUGUUCGAUGUCUUCGGGAAUUUGGUCUGGCGGAAAACAUUAUCGCUGCUCCAAGACACGGUCCUUUGCAAUGGCACGAGUGGGCUGAGGAGGAAUCCAUCCGACGCACUCGCUUUAUCUCCUUCUGUUUUGUCCAUAUUCAUAGCAUAGCCUAUAACAUCUACCCGGUACUGCGCAGCAGUGAGGUUCACUUGCGCCUUCCGUGUUCUACCAAAGAAUGGAACGCAGCGACGGCUCACGAAUGGGAAGCUGCGCAGAAGGAAGUUGGCUCCCAGCAGCUGUUCUUCCAGGACGCACUUGCCUUGUUGCUGCAACCCGCACGACAUCCAGUACCUCUGGAGCCGAUUCCCGCGCCCCUCGGCAACUACAUCCUUCUUCACGGUCUUCUUCAACGUAUACAUCUCGUGAGCGAGCUCUCCAUACCAAAUGGUGACCAUUCGUUUUCACUCCCAACAGAGGAAUUGAACAAACUUGAGAGAGCUCUACGAACCUGGACAUCAGUGUGGCAACAAGCACCCGAAUCGAGCCUCGACCCUCAUAACGAGAAUGGCCCCAUUCCCUUCACAUCCAGCUCAUUUCUAGGUCUAGCGUACGUCCGCUUGUCGCUGAACCUAGGGGCUUAUCGUCAGCUCGAAACGCGAGAUCCAUAUCGUAUCGCUGCUGCGCUACAUCGGUCGCCUCGCCCUAGCAGAAGCUAUCAAUUGACACCUGCGCUCAUCUAUGCGGCCCACGCCCUGAGCGUGCCAGUACGCCUGGGCAUUGACCACGUGGCCCGCAGUCAAGCUUUCUUCUGGAGCGUUCGUCAUUCAAUCGCUAGCCUCGAAUGUGCGGUCUUGCUCAGCAAAUGGCUGCUGUCGCUGGCGGAAACUGGCGGCACGCAAAGUUUAAGCGGUAACGAAAGCCGCAUACUGCAUUGGACACGCUGUAUCGUCCAAGAGGCUUAUGAUUCCUUGGACUUGGAUAAAGACGAGACUUUUCCGGGUCUUGAUCCUACCAGUCUUGGCUUAGCAGUCAUACAGCUUUGGGCUCGUCUGUUUCGGAAGAAUACACAGUGGCCCUUCAUCAAUGUGAUGGGCGAGAGCUUGGAAAAAUACCUGGACCUGAUUCGACCGGAAUAA